GCAUCAGUUGCCCUCAACCCUAGGCCCCGCCUUUUGCCACAACCAGGAAGUGCCAUCCUUCAACAGCAAGACUGUUUGAAUGUGACAGGUCACAUUUGAUUGACAGCUCCCUGACCCUGCACUUAAAGCCAUGAGUGUCUGCUUCAACCACCACAAGACUCUUCCAUUCUGCUGUGGACCGUACCAACCCGAGGGAUCUACAAUGUCUUCCAGGAAGAAGGUCCAAGUGGAGAGCAGAAAGAGGGGGAACCAAUCAGCUGUAACAUAAUCUUGGAACCCAAUGGCAGUCAUCUAAUGUUGUUCCGCCAUGGAGACAGGUCAGCAGUCCGAGCCUAUCCAACCGACCCCUACCAAGAGUCUUCCUGGCCACAAGGCUUCGGACAGCUGUCACAGGAAGGGAUGAUGCAACAUUUCAACUUAGGACAGUUCCUAAGGAAGCGGUACGAUGGAUUCAUCAGCGAGUCCUAUCACAGACACGAGGUGUUGGUUCGGAGUACUGACUACGAUCGCACCCUGAUGAGCGCCGAGGCCAACCUUGCAGGUCUCUUCCCCCCGAGUGGUCAGCAGGUCUUCAAUCCAAACCUCAUUUGGCAGCCGAUACCCGUGCACACGGUCCCUCAAAGUGAAGAACGGCUUCUCAAUUAUCCGGUAGCAGACUGUCCUCGCUACCUGCAGCUGAUGAAUGAGACCGAGCACACACCGGAGUUUCUUAACGUCACCGCUGAAUACCAGGACUUCAUGGAUCUGGUGAGGAAUAAAACCGGGCUGAACAAGACAGACGUGGAGUCGAUCUGGAGCGUGUACGACACACUCUUCUGUGAGUCCCGUCACAACAUGACCGCUCCAGACUGGGUGACUCCUGAAGUCAUGGAGAAGCUACGGGUCCUCAAAGACUUUGGAAUUCGGGUCAUGUUCGAGCUCUACAAUCAACAAGAAAAGAGCCGGCUGAUGGGAGGAGUUCUUUUGGGUGAAAUAGUGAAGAAUCUUUCCAAGAUGGCCGUCCCAGACCCCAAACAGAAACUCAGGCUGAUGAUGCUAUCAGCGCACGACACCACUGUAGCCGCUCUCCAGGCUAGCUUAAACGUGUUCAACGGACGACAGCCUCCUUACGCCUCCUGCCACAUGAUCGAGCUGUAUAAGAAUGACAACGGCUCUGCCUCAGUGUCCAUGUUUUACCGGAAUGACAGUACAGUGGAGCCGUACCCUGUGCAGCUCCCAGGCUGCUCCCUUCAGUGCCCUCUGGAGGAUUUUGUGAGACUUACAAAGCCUUCUAUUUCAGACGACAGAGACAAGGAGUGUCAACUACCGUCAGAAGGGAGAGACACAGAGGUCAUCAUCAGCCUGGCGCUGUCCGGCUGCCUCCUCUUCCUCCUCAUCGCCCUCCUCCUGGGCGUCAUCUGCUGGCAGAAGGAGCCAAUCAGCAACCGUGGGUACCAGCAUGUGAUCAACCAGGAAGUCGGCGAGGAGUCCUGACAGGAGUACAAGCUCCUCCCCCGGAGGUCGGCGAGCCUCGAGUCGUGGGACAGCAGCGAUGACGGCGAACUCUGAAACUGCUGAGGGACCUUUUCGGUCACUUUGGGAUAGUGACGCACGGUGGACCCACGCUGUUUUUAUCGGGUUAGAGGGAAGAAAUGUAAAAACAUUUAGUAGAAUCCUGCUUUUGAAAAGUUUCUAAAAAAGUCAUAAUUUAACAGAUGUGAAUGUCCCUUAGUGUGGCUUUAAAACAGUAUUUUUGGACUUACGACAAAUUAUGUAGCAAGACUAAAAAAAAAAAAAACUAAGAUGUCACAAGCUAUCUUAAAAUGUUUCACUACUGAAUCCCACAUUCGUCAGAUCACUUUUUAACAGAUAAGAGUUUGUUCCUUUUUGUAAUUUGUACAAAUAACCACAAAUAUUCGUGUCUUAGUUUACCAGUCUCUCCAGGAAUUUGACCAACCAAUCACUGCAGCUUUGCAGCGACCUUGCAUCUUCACAACUUUGACCAAUACACCUGUUUUUCUCCUAAGGCAUUCACAUGUCACCAAAUUCAACUACAGACUGUGUGUGUCACGGUAUUAGAUUCUCUAGGUAACAAACAAAUUACGAUUUUCUGAAUCCAGUCAAAUCCAACAUUAGGCCAACUUUUCUUUAACAAUUCAACAAAUAAUAAUGUUACACUUCCUGUCCUUAGUCUAGCCAACUAGCUAAAACUUACACUUUAUGUUGGGAUCAAAUCUGAAGGAUGAUGGAAGCGAAGGUGGGCGUUUGUAGUUUUACCCGAGUGUCCACGACCAGCCUGUCUUUUCUAUGAAAUCCCCAAAACUCCUGAACUGUACUCUUUUUGGGUGCGGGUGGAGUACCUCACUUUUAUCUGUCAUCUCCUCCCACAAGCUUACUGGAGUUUUAUUCAAUUUUUACUAAUUUCCUUUCAGCAUAUUGGACACAUAAACUCACCAGACCGGCUGUUACUGGAUUCCUCUCCCAGUCCCUCAUGUCUGACACAGUCUAACCCCCAAAUUUUGCAACUUGCAUUUCAACUUUUCUUUAAAAGUUGCAGAAUUAGUUCUUUUUUUUAUCGCAGGAAUCACAGAAAAAAAAAGUCGAAUCCUGCAGGGACUGGUUUACAUGCACUUCAGAUUCUCCAGCAAUCAUGUUUAACUAUGUGUACAGUGUGUGUGUAUGUAUGUGUGUGUGUGUGUUAACUCCGGGGCCUAAUGACCGAGCUGCCUUAAAUAUUUGUAAUAUUUGUAUGUUCUGAUGUAAUGCUUAUUUUUUGCAGGAGUUCAAGUACUUUUAUUUUAAAGGUUGAUUUCUGCAGCAGAGGGAGCGAGCAUUAGCCUAACGACACUAAAGGAGCAGCUCAGUGCUGGCUUAGCUGAGCGUGACCUUUGACCUCUUCAGAGGGGAACCAAGCAGAGUGUGCUGUAUAGUAAGACUCUUUGUUUUUGUGUCUUUAAGAAUCAAACCAGUCUGUUGGGAUUAUCUCGGAUGUUGGAACACUUUAUUAAAGUGUUAGAUUAUUUAAUUUGUCAGAAUUGUUGAAUUUCAUGCCAUGCUGUAUAAAAUGAUUGAUCAGACAGUAAGAAUGUGUUGCUCUUUUUGUUUUGUUUUCUAAAUAAAGGAUCAAUCAUU